AUUUGGUAGCAACAGGACGUCGCCAUUUUUAGUCUUGCUGAUGAUGGCAAGCAUCCGAAUGAUUGAAGAUUUGAAACGUUUUAGCCAUGGCUCAGUAUGUUAUGGCCCCUAUGAGAAGGCGAACGUCAUUAAUGACGGACGAUCGGCCAUAUGCGAGAAGUAAUGCAUCUGCACUCCAUGUUAAAAUCAAACUAGAUGAUGAAGAUUUGGGAGAAGAUGACAAGUUGGAAGAAGAUGAAAGCAAUGAGUAUGUAAAUCUUAACGUUGGUGGUGUUUUGUUUCGUACAAGUCAACGAACGUUAUCUAAUAUAUCGGAUACGAAAUUGUCAAAUUUACAAAAGUCAGAUCCAAAUUACAAUGCAGCAAAAGACGAAUAUUUCUUUGAUAGAAAUUCUGCAAUUUUCCCGUGGAUACUUGAUUGUUUUCGCCAUAGAGAAAUGCAUAUCCCUCGAUCAUUUUGCGCCGUUGUAGUACAAGACGAACUUUUGUAUUGGGGACUGAAAGACAGUCGUUUAAGUGAUUGUUGUAUGAAGACGUAUUUAGAUAGCCUUGAUGAAAUUGCUACCAAUGAAAUUCUUCUUCGAGAGUUUAAUGAAAUACCCAUGGAUGUUUAUGCUGUUGAAAGUAGCAUCAAUGGAAAGUCAUCCUGCAGAACAAUCAUAUGGAACUUCAUGGACAAACCGCAGUCCUCUCGAUGGGCUCAGGUGUGGUCCUAUGCCUACUUGACGCUCACGGCCUUGUCUAUAUUGACUUUCUUCAUUGAAACGCUGCCUGAAGGACGGGUGAGGAUAACCCACGACAACGGAACUUUUGUAGACACAGACAUCAGCAACCAUAAGAUCAGGCUUCUCGUCACCACCGAACCUCAUCCCGCUCUCAUGGUCAUCGAUGUGUUUUGCAUGAUAUUUUUCUCCAUAGAGUUCAUUGUACGUCUGAUCGUCUGUCCCCGGAGGAGGCGACUGAUGGGAAGAGCGAUGACAGUAUUUGACCUUCUUUACCUGAUUCCAGUCUGGCUGACCACUACGAUCUACUGGAUAGACCGUGAUUUCUGGCGAUAUUCCAGUCGUAUCUUAGGAUUCCUUGUCUUACAAGCGUUCAAGGUGUUGAGAGUGUUUCGUAUUUUCCGGGUGAUGCAGUACUUCCGGGGCUUGAGGAUUCUGUGGCUAGCAGUGAAAGCUAGCGUCCGAGAGCUGAUUCUGUUGGCGAUGUUCAUCUUGUUAGCUAUAACCAUAUUUGCUUGUUUCAUCUACUGCGCAGAGAUCUUUAACGAGAAUAGCUUUGACAACGCUGUAAUCGGACUUUGGUGGGCUCUCAUUACCAUGACUACGGUAGGAUAUGGCGACUUCUUUCCGGAGAGUUGGCCAGGUUAUAUUGUUGGCGGUGUAUGCGCACUAACCGGCAUCAUUCUGAUCGGAAUGCCUGUUCCAAUCAUUGCCAGUAACUUCCAUGCAUACUACGGACUGCGGAUACCGGUGGAACAGGAUAAGGAGGUACCUCAACAAAAGCAUAUUCCAAUACGGAAACGGAAAGUGUCCCCAAUCAGACCCGUUUAGCUAUUUAGUGUUAAUUCCAGUGAACGUGGCAAUACAUACAUCACAAAAAUUAAGUUUACCGUUUUAUAAGAAAGGUGUGAUAUGUGUACAGAAGACAAGUUUAUGAUGUUGUGAAUACCAUGGCCAGGCCACAUGGAUACUGUAUUGGUAUAAUUUGGUUUGGAAUCAUGUCGAAUUUUGGUGAAUUCAUUAUCAUAUGACUUCAGCUAUAGAUCUUAUAUUAUUUAGUACAGAAAUAUUCAUCGGAGAGUUUGGGGUGGAAUUUCAAAACGUUUAAAUCGUUUAUAACAACAAGCCUUCCUCAACAUGGAUAUAUAUAUAUAUGCAUUUCAUGAUGUAUUACCAGUUGAAUUUAGUAUUGUCUGUUUGUACAGCUUGUAUAAGUGAAGAUACCUAUAGACCACUGUUGCUCAUUUAUUGAUACUGUAAAUGCAAAAUUUGUUGUAUUUGUGAAUCUUACGUUAUGUAUAUGUACAUGUAAAGGACACUCUGUCUUGGUCGAGCACUCCAUGGUUGACCGUGAUUAGUUGAAAUUUGUGAUACCUGAUACUGAUUUUAUAUAAACUGUCGAAUUGUAAACACCAUAUAAUAAAUGUUGGCUUACACUUCCAAUACCGAAUGUACGGGAUUUUUGUAUCUAUUAU